AUGGCAACUAUGCCCAUGAUCUUUCAAGCAAGAAUGUGGGUUUCAGUCUGGACUGCUUCGGAAUUACCAACUCAAAUAUUCACAAAGAGAAAAGUGUACCAAACAGAUCCCGAACUUAGGAUAGCCAUCAAAGAGGGUGGAGUCCCACGCGAGAAACUCUUUGUUACCACGAAAGUGCUCACCAACAUCAACGAUAUCGAAAACGCACUCAAGACUAGCCUGAAGAAGCUGGAAGCAAUCCAAAAGAUCGAAUUCCAUCCGUACCUUCACCAUACUGCGCUUCUAGAUUUCCACAAAAAGCAUGGUAUUUCGACGACAGCAUAUGGGCCAUUGAGUGCGAUGACAAAGACAAAGCUAGGUCUAGCUGAUGACUUCCUGGCGGCGCUCGCGAAGAAGUAUGCGGUUAGUGAGUGUGAGAUCAGUUUGAGAUGGUGCAUCGAUCAAGAUGUUUUCCCCAUUACGACCAGUGGGAAAGAGCAGAGAUUGUUAGAUUACUUAAGAGCUGCAACAUUCAAGCUUUCUCCAACAGAAAUUAAACAUCUGAAUGAGUUAGGACAGCAGAAGCAAUAUCCCGGAUUCUGGCAGGCGAAGUUUCAUGAUAAUGAUGAUCGGACAUAA